AUGGCAAACACAAAUGAGGAGAGAUGGAGGCUGGCCCACCGAGCAGAGAGAGACCUGUCGACCUACCUGGGCAGGGAAGACUCCACAUUUCCGAACAUUGCCCAUUUCCUGGCUCAAUACCGCACGGCAUGUGAAAACGUUAUAUUGCAAGAUUUUGAAUUUGCCAUCGGCAAGAGUGCUGAGAAUAGGCUGUGGGAUGCUCAUGGCAAAAUCAACAAUCGAUUUCGCAAGGAACUGAAGCACUUCCGAGAGACUGCGGGAAAGAGAAAAGCGGUCGAAGAACGCAAGCUCGUCAAACACUUUCUUGACUUCAUCAAGUCUGGUCAGCGUUUCUAUCGUGGUUACAUACAAAGAUUAGCAUCGCGAUUCGGUGGUCUCCGAGAGCUGGAUGCUGUUGCUAACAGAUUGACCCUAAGCACUCUGUCGGCUGAUGAGCCAACACAGGUUUCCGGCACCUUGGCCCAUUCCAUCCUCGUAUCCUGCCAUCAGACGCUCGUCCGUCUGGGCGACCUUUCGAGAUGGCGUGAGACACAGUCUGUAACAAAGAAUCGCAAUUGGGGCCCAGCUAUAGGAUAUUAUAAUCUCGCUGGUCUGAUACACCCUAUGUCAGGAGUUUCCCACAACCAACUGGCAGUCAUUGCACUGGUUGACGUCAAUCACUUGUCGGCUACUUAUCAUAUCUAUCGCGCAUUGGCUGUCGAGGAGCCCUAUCCUAUGGGAAAAGACAACCUGGAGGUUGAAUUCAAGAAGAUUGAAGAAGCUUGGAGUAAGGGGGAGUUGAUCAUGACUGAUCCAGUCAAAAACAGCCAAGAACCGGGAAAAGCGCUGGUGGGAUGGUUCAUGCGCCUACAUGGUCGAUGUUAUAAAGGCCUCGACUUUCCAGAGCAUGAAGAGCUUGAGAGUGAGGUGCUGAGCCAGCUCGCGGUCGACUUGAAAGAACGGUCGUUCGAAGGUACCUUGAGCAAAUUUGUUUUGAUCAACAUAGCUGCCGAGUUCUUUGCAGGAGUACGACUACAAGAAUGUGGGGGUUCUGCGGAGGCGUUACGGUCGUUCUUCUUCCUUCAACGCCUGAACGUAAGAACGUUUUUCGCCCUCCUCCAAGUACUUUUACCAGAAUUGGAACGCUCCGUCAGCGAACAUGUCCAAAGCGGCGGCGCAGCACCCAGUUCUGGGUCCGCCAAAAUUACCGCCGUUACGCGCCGUGUGUUACCAGCUCUGAGACAGUACAGUUCCUGGCUUCUUUCUAACGCCGAAAUCCUGGCAGCUCAGGUGGGCGACAAUGUAUUGAACGUCCAGGUUAGAGAAUUGUGGAAGAUCUACGCAACCACUUUGACCCUUCUAACAUCAACAUUCUUUGUUUCCGAAUUGCCUCAAAUUGAAUAUCUCCUCGAUGAAGACGAAGAUACUGUGGGGUUUAAGCCGUUAGACAAUGAGAAUACAAAGCGAAGAUACUAUAAGGAGGUUAAUCUGGGUUUUCAAAAGCCCAGGUACCAUGAUCGAGGCAUUCAGCGUCAUCAUCCUAAUGUGGAGAUGCUAGGGAGGAUUCGAGACCUGUUGACCGAUGGCAUGAUUCAGCACUUAGAUGACAAAGUCCCGAUCAAGCUUGUGGAUGUGGAGGGUAGCACGACAUUCAUCUACGUUGAAGAAGGCAUGCGGGAAGAAGAAGGCUACCAAGCGCCGUUGUCAUCAACGGGUAUCGAGCUCGAGGAAGUCACUCAUGUUGAUGAGACGACGCUACCUGAGAAUCAUGCACCAAUUUCGAUCAGUGAAGGAGCCUCUCAGGCAGCGUCCAUUUCCGUGAAUAUGGAUCCGGCUUCGAAGCGCAUGGUUGAUGAUCUUGUUGACUCUGAAACGACCGACGAUGGUGACGAUUCUGGAUUCAUCGACCAUUCUAUGAAAGAGAAUCCACAUGGCUUCGCAAACCCGGAAUAUGGCCCUUCAACAGCUCGAGAUGUUGGCGAUGAGACUAGCUAUGGCCUUAUUGGUGACUCCACGGCACGAGAGCAUUUCGGCGACCUUCAGGACCCGGUUCCCGAUUCCCCUAGGCCCGUACUCCCAAGUAUUACCAAUUCUCCCUUUGCGCUUCAGCCAGGCGAACGAACGCCUGGGUCUCGGCCCUCGACCGCGAAGCGCAAGACACCGAGUCAUUCUCAACAAAAUUCGCAGACCAGGUUUCCUCUUCAGCGGCAGUCAAUCGGAUUUUCUGCGGACUCGAGUCCUAGCAAUCCUAGUACUAUGCCAGAUCCCACCCCUGGUUCGCACGCGAACGAGAUCUACCGGAACCAGCCUCCUCCGAAAACCACGUUUCCUUCGGUCCAGAACUACACAAGGGGUCCCAGGACCUUCACGACUUUUGGAAACAACCCUCUCCAAGCGGAUGAGCCCAAUUUUCUGAGUUUGGAAGUCUUUGAAGGAAGCACUUGGGGAGGAGGUAGCGAUCAGAGCGGUAGAAAGGCUACUAACGUUAUGACACCUCCAAAUGGGCAAGGUGCCGGUUGA